AUGCGGCCGGCGCUGGUGUGCGCGCUGGUGCUGCUAGCUGCGGCGGCGGCGUGCGGCGGCGCGCGCGCCGCCGACCUGUCAGCCCUCGCCGCCACCUCUGGCGCGGCGGCCGCGCUUCAUGAGCGCCGGCCGCCCAUCGCUUCAGUGCGCCUGACGCCCAAGGAGGCAGCCAAGGCGGCCGCCGCCGCCGCGCGGGCGCGCACGGCGCCGCUGCGCUCGUCGGCGUGGCCAGCGCCCCAUUACGACAAUUACUCGCUGGCCGCCAGCCGGGACACCUUUGAAAUCUGCAAGAACCAGAGCGGCGUGCGGCGUGAGAUGGCCCUGGAGGACCUGCCGGCGCUGUACGGCCUGCCGCGCGACCUGCUGCGCCACCGCCGCGUGCCCGUGGCAACGCUCAUGCGCGUCAUCUCCGACGCCGCGCCCAGCGUCCGCCUCGUCAUCGCGCCGCUGCUCGCCGGCGAGGCGGAGCUGUCGCCGGUGCUGCACCCCGACGGGCGGCUGCCGCGGCUGGUGCACUUCACGGUGCGCGACAAGGACGCGCUGCUGCCGCACCAGGCGCUGGCCAUCGCGACGUGGGCGGUGCUCAACCCCGGCUACGCCAUCCUGCUGUAUGACGACGACGACAUCGCAGACUUCAUGGCGCUGUACCACGGCCGCCUGCUGCCGCUGUUCCGGCGCCUGGGCUCCCAGGUGGAGCGCACCGACCUGUGGCGCUACCUCGUGCUGUGCACCUUUGGCGGCGUCUACGCGGACAGCGACGUCGUCGCGGGGCGGCCGGUGUCGGGCUGGGCGCAGGACGCGGGGCUGCUGACGGGCGUUGAGAACGUGUUUGAGACGAUGGACGCCGCGCGGCGCCGCGACUACACGCGCGUCAUGCAGGUCGUGCAGUGGACCAUCGCGGCGCGCCCCGGCCACCCCGUCGUCUGCCGCAUGGGCGACUACAUCCAGCGGCGCCUGGACGCGGAGGCGUCCGGUGCGGUGCGCGAGGAGGACCGCGACCACGCCAUCCUGGAGCGCACCGGCCCCGGCAUCUGGUCGUCGUCGGUGCACGACUACCUGCGCGAGCAGGGCGUCGCGCCAGAGUCGGUGGUGGGCGGCGCGCGCGUUGGGGACGUGCGGCUGCUGCCCCAGAGCAGCUUUGGCUGCGCGUCCAGCACGGUCAACCUGGCGGACCCCAUGGCCUACGUAUACCACAUGUUCAAGGGCAGCUGGCGGCUCAACGAGCACGAGAAGCUCUGGCAGUUUGUGGCGCACCUCUACGCGCACCUCUUCUCACCGCACACAGCAGCGGAGGCAGUGGGCACGUCGCCAGCAAUCGCGGCUGGCCGCAAGGCAGCGCUCAAUAAAGGGGCCGUGCAGGUCUCGCCAGCGGUCGGCGCGGAGGGGGCGGCGGCAGCGAAGGAGAAGCGGGAGGACGAGGGCUGGCUGGCGGCACCGUCUUCAGGGAAGCGGGCACCUCAAGCACUGGAGCGGCCGGUCGACAAGCAGCAGCGGAAUCCUGCCGUGCAGGACCCCAAGGUUGGCAUCAAUGGUGGCUGGCAGCAGCAGCAGGCACCUGGCAUCGUCGGCAGCCGGGAGGCCAGCAAACGUGGUCAGCGGCGGCAGCAGCAGCAGCAGCAGCAGCAGCAGCAGCAGCAGCAGUCGCAGCAAGAACACCAACUGCCCAAGCAAAGGGAUGCUGCCGUCUGA